GGAAGAUUCACAACAUAAGCCAUCCCUUCCGAUUGAAAGGGGAUCCACCCGACUGCGGGGACAGAAAAUAUGAACUGUGGUGUGAUCAAGAGCAGAAUCGCACAGUUGUGCAGUUGUAUUCCGGACAAUACUACGUGGAGGAUAUCAACUACACAGACUACUCAAUGCGGCUGGUAGAUCCAGGCGUGCAGAAAGACAACUCCUGUUCUUUGCCUUCUCAUUCUUUGGGUGACUGGAAUUUCAGCUACAGAGAUCCCUAUGCCCUGGAGACUAAUGGAUGGAACAAAGCCAUAACUUUUUUGGACUGUGCAGCUGCAGUAACUUCUGUCCAGUACUACGUGGACAUUACCCUCUGCGGUAGGGGCAAUACAGCUGAGAAUGCUCAUCCCAUCACCUCUUCUUCAUCCCCUGGAGAUUCCUGCCCCAACCAUUCUUAUGCUAUCUUUGGACGAAAGACCAUGUCAGAUGUGGUGGACUCUUGCAGCAUCCGGAUGGUGGCCUGGGUUCAGAAUCCACCAACAGCAGGAGAUUUAAUCAGUGAUAAUAAUCAUCAGCAAAAUAUUUCUUUCGCAACCAUCCAUGACAAGCUGGCUUAUGGGUUUUGGAUUUCAUGGUAUAACUUUCGCUGCGGCCGGAAGUGCUUCGAAACGGGUGGCUACUGCCUCCGUGAUAACAAUACCAUUACCUGUAGAUGGUGCUAUAUUAAUCCCAAGUUCACCUCUAGCCGCCCCUUCAAAUGUCUCUGGUAUGAUUUUCUGUGGUACGGUCUGCCAUUUGGAAAAUGGGUCAUUGGUCUCCCAACUUAUCCAGAUCUAUAUCCUACCUCUGGUUUCCGACAUGAUGCUUUGAUACUUGGAGGUUGGACCAUUCGAGUAUACGUUGUUGCACGAAUUUUGUGUGGAAAUCUUUCUGUUUUGGUGUUUUUGCUCUAUAAAUUUCGGAAAAGGCAUUUAUCAAUGUAUGCUAAUGUUGAAGAAUUCCUACAAAGUCAAAAUAAUCUAAUGCCAAUAAGGUACUCCUACUCAGAAAUUAAGAAGAUGACCAACAAAUUCCAGGACAAGAUAGGUGAAGGAGGUUAUGGUUCAGUAUAUAAGGGUAGGCUUUGCAGUGGUAGUCAUGUUGCAAUAAAGAUGUUGACUAAGUCCAAGGAUAAUGGGCAAGACUUCAUUAAUGAAGUUGCUACAAUUGGGAGAAUUCAUCAUGUCAAUGUGGUGCGUCUUGUUGGAUUUUGUGUGGAGGGAUCUAAGCGUGCUCUUGUAUAUGAUUUCAUGCCUAAUGGGUCUCUUGAAAAGCACAUUUUUCUUCAAGGAGGAAAUAUAUCCAUGAGUUAUGAUAAAAUAUACGAAAUUGCACUUGGAAUAGCACGUGGGAUUGAAUAUCUACACCAAGGAUGUGAGAUGCAGAUUUUGCAUUUUGAUAUCAAGCCUCAUAACAUUCUUCUCGAUGAGAAUCUCACUCCAAAAAUUUCAGACUUUGGACUCGCAAAAUUGUAUCCAACAAAUGAUAGCAUAGUAAGUCUUACUGCUGCAAGAGGAACGAUGGGAUACAUUGCACCAGAAUUUUUCUAUAAAAAUAUUGGAGGUAUCUCAUAUAAAGCUGAUGUUUACAGUUAUGGAAUGUUGUUAAUAGAAAUGACAAGCAAGAGGAAGAAUUUGAAUGCAUCUGCAGAGCACUCAAGCCAAGUUUACUUUCCUUUGUGGGCUUAUGACAAAAUCCAUGAAGGGAAGGACAUAAACAUAGAAGAUGAUGCUACAGAGGAAGAGAGGAAAAUGACAGAGAAAAUGCUAGUUGUUGCUCUAUGGUGCAUACAAAUGAAGCCUAGAGAUCGCCCUCCAAUGCACAAAGUUGUCGAGAUGCUUGAAGGAUCACUGGAAGUCUUGCAAAUGCCUCCCAAUCCUUUUCUAUCUCCACUAGAGAUGAAAACUAAUGGUUGAGUCAAUAUAAAGCCAACUGAGUUACUAAUAUCGUCAGACAAUCCUAUAGAUUCCAUCAGUUUGGAUUUAAAUAAAAAUGGUACAACUGAAAAUUAAGCCACCUAAUAGUGAACAACGUGUGAACAUGUCAGGAAUUUUCUACUUUGUAGUUGGAUAAAGUGCCUCACUAUCUUAAAUUAGGAUAUGAUUUUGGACCAAACUUUUUGUUUGUUAGUAUUAAAAUAAAGGAUAAUAUGCAUCCAUAAAAGUUUGAGUAA